AUGUCAAACUCAGGCGUUUCUCAGUCUGUCCCGACCGCUAGCGAAUAUACUUCCCAAUACCAUCGUACCGAACAAUCUGUCUACGAAGACAGCAGGAACGUUCAGCAAAACCCAAAACAGGACUUCUUUGAAAGCAGUGGCUGGAAUGAAGUCGAAGUUGAUGACCAUGGCUACCAGGAGACCUACUUGGACAAUCUAGAAUUACCUCUUGUUACCCCUAGCGAUGCCAAUCCAUCCGCUGGUACUCGCGCACAGGCGGUCUUACAAAUUCAUGCGUUAAACUCUCAAAUCAUGCCGUUCUCUCAUACUAUUAAACCAUCAACGUUUACCCAAUCAUCCCUAUAUGGUUCCACUUGUCAUGGGACUGUUCCGGUUGCCCGUGAAGAUGUUUUGAAUUCCGUCGGGAAAACAUUGCAUCCUGCAGAACACACACCUGGGCAUAGUCACUCCGGGGAUGAUUUAUUUCAUAAUCUACGGCUUGAUAUGUUUGGCAAUACACCAUUUCCAUCCCAACCUAUCCCUCAAGCACCUCAAGAUUCAUUCCAACAUAGUGAUACGCCCUCUGCACUUCUGCCGCGUGAUUAUGUUGAACUCGCAAAAGAGUUACCAGCAUUGAAUCAAGUGAUAGAAAAAUGGACUGACCCUCUACUGGAAGUCUACGUGGCAACGGGAACAAUUAAUCCUGCGUUGCUGGCGCUGCCCGGCAAAACCCCGCAUUUACAAGUGCCUCCGCAUCGGCGCGAAAAGGUUCGGGAUUUAGGGAGAUACACCCCGUACGGAAGUCUUAAAAGGCACUCCAGGGAAUAUGUGCCCAGCGAGAGUGUAAACAGAAGUUCAAGCAGUGCAGAACGGGACCACAACGCCAUGCCCCCAAAAGAUAAACAUCCUCCUCGUACUCGUUUCCGUCCAUUUAUAGAGACAGAAGCAUACCCAGUCAAUGAUGAAUUCCAGCACACGGAAUCUAAUGAAGCAAAAGGCUCCGGAUUCAAUUCCGUUGAUCAGCGAUUAACCUCAGGGAGGUCUGGCCCAGAAGAUGCUCGAAGUCACGAUGCCACCCCAAGAGCAUCAAGAGGAAGAAAUUCCUCCAAAAAAAUGGGUUCUUCGAGUGAAAGCGCAAAGAAACGCGGGCGUACUGCCAGAGAUGGUAGUGCUACGCAGCCUCAUGAAUUGGACACAUUCGACAACGAAUUGACAAUGGAGGCACAGUCACAAAGGACGCCAGGCGCAGCUAGUGCACCACGUAGGCCUCGAGCUGUAGUGGCGCGCUUAGACUUUGUUACCGGGGAGGUAAUGUCCCAAGGGAAACGAACUGAUAAAACGAAGGGAAAUUCUUCCCUAAAUGCAACUGCAACGUAUACAAAGGAGUAG